GGCGGAAGCGGCUGCCAGACGGAACCGGCUUGCGAGCGCAGCUAUGGCUGCGGGCGUACCCUGUGCGUUGGUCACCAGCUGCUCCUCCGUCUUCUCUGGAGACCAGCUGGUCCAACGUGAGUAGAUAGGCGCCUGGGCCGACCUCCAAGGCCCCUGAGCCUCGGCGGGCGACGGACCCAGCACCUCGGCCUCUCUGGGCCUUGUCCUCGCCGCGGGCCCUGCGUUCUUCCUCCAGUCAAUGGAGGCGCCCAGUCACCCCAGGUGGCUGCCCCUGGCUCUUAAUCUCGUGCUUUUCUGCCCACCCGGCCCUCUUCUGCGUUCCUUUCGGCUUCUUGUGUAAAGUGAGACUGAUUUCCCGCUCUGCCCAGCCCAGCCCACAGGUUUUUGCGAGGAUCCGUUGAGAUGAACCUGAAGGCUCUGCGGAAAUUGCGCUAGGUUACAGGAGUGUAAGAUAUCCUUGGAACAGAAGAUCUUAUUGUGGAAGUGACUUCCAAUGACGCUGUGAGAUUUUAUCCCUGGACCAUUGAUAAUAAAUACUAUUCAGCGGACAUCAAUUUGUGUGUGGUGCCAAACAAAUUUCUUGUGACUGCAGAGAUUGCAGAAUCUGUCCAAGCAUUUGUGGUUUACUUUGACAGCACACAAAAAUCAGGUCUCGACAGUGUCUCCUCAUGGCUUCCACUGGCAGAAGCAUGGUUACCUGAGGUGAUGAUCUUGGUCUGUGAUAGAGUGUCUGAAGAUGGUGUAAACCGACAGAAAGCUCAAGAAUGGUGCAUCAGACAUGGCUUCGAAUUGGUAGAACUUAGUCCAGAGGAGUUGCCUGAGGAGGAUGAUGACUUCCCGGAAUCUACAGGAGUAAAGCGAAUUGUCCAAGCCCUGAAUGCCAAUGUGUGGUCCAAUGUAGUGAUGAAGAAUGAUAGGAACCAAGGCUUUAGCCUUCUCAACUCAUUGACUGGAACAAACCAUAGCAUUGGGUCAGCAGAUCCCUGUCACCCAGAGCAACCCCAUUUGCCAGCAGCAGAUAGGACUGAAUCCCUCUCUGAUCAUCGGAGUGGUGCAUCUAAUACAACAGAUGCCCAGGUUGAUAGCAUUGUGGAUCCCAUGUUAGAUCUGGAUAUUCAAGAACUAGCCAGUCUUACUACUGGAGGAGGAGAUGUGGAGAAUUUUGAAAGACUGUUUUCAAAGUUAAAGGAAAUGAAAGACAAGGCUGCGACACUUCCUCACGAGCAAAGAAAGGUGCAUGCAGAAAAGGUGGCCAAAGCAUUCUGGAUGGCAAUCGGGGGAGACAGAGAUGAAAUUGAAGGCCUUUCAUCUGAUGAAGAGCACUAAAUUAUUCAUACUGGGGUUUGACUAACAAAUGCUAGCUGUCUCUGAGAUCUCUCUCUACUCAGCCCAGUCAUAUUUUGCCAAAAUUGCCAUCAUCAUGUUGGCUGCCUGACUUGUUUAUAGGGUCCCCUUAAUUUUAGUUUUUAGUAGAAGGUUAAGGAGAAAUCCUUUUUUCCUCAGUAUAUUGUAAGAGAGCGAGGAAUACAGUGAUAGUAAUGAGUGAGGAUUUCUUAAAUAUAAAUUUUUUGUUGUUCUAGGAAUGAGGGUAGGAUAAAUCUCAGAGGUCUGUGCGAUUUACUCAAGUUGAAGACAACCUCCAGGCCAUUCCUGGUCAACCUUUUAAGUAGCAUUUCCAGCAUUCACACUUGAUACUGCACAUCAGGAGUUGUGUCAACUUUCCUGGGUGAUUUGGGUUUUCUCCGUUCAAGGAGCUUGUAGCUCUGAGCUAUGAUGCUUUUAUUGGGAGGAAAGGAGGCAUCUGCAGAAUUGACGUGAGCUAUGUGGGGCCAAAGUCUUAGCCCACAGCUUAGUCUCUACCUAAGAAAAUGCCUCUGGGCAUUCUUUUGAAGUAUAGUGUCUGAGCUCAUGCUAGAAAGAAUCAAAAAGCCAGUGUGGGUUUUUAGACUGUAAUAAAUGAGGCAAAGGAUUUCUAUUCCAGUGGGAAUAAAACCUCUCUAGUGAGUUGUGGGAGAUAGGUUGUAUGUUAGAGAGAACCUUAAGGAGUCCUUGUAUGGGCCACGGAGACCAUAGGUGAUCAUAUACUGUGAUUUUCGUAAAGAAACUCUUCUGCCUUAGUUAGAGUUCUCCCCUGCUGCUGGAGAUGCCAGAGCUGUGUUGUCAUACUUUAUACCCACAAAACAAGGCACAUUUCCCCCUUUUUCUCUUUACAGCCAAAGAGAGAUGACUGCCAAAGGGGGAACACUAAGGAGUGGGUGGGGAAGCGAAAUGUUGGGCAGUGAGUUCCUGAGCACCUUGUUUGACUUCCGAGGUUCAUAGCUCCUCUCUGCCCUUCCAGGCCUGGAACCUUGGGUGACUAUCUUUCAUUCUUUAUCCUUUGUCUUGAGUGAGUGGGUCAGCCCCAAAGGAACUGAUAAGUAAAUGGCAAGUUUUUAAAGGAAGAGUGGAAAGUACAGCAAAUAAAAAUCCUUAUUUGUUUUUGUAGACUUUGUAAUGCAUAUCAUUAGCCCUCACUGUGAUCAUUAUUGCUGUGGCUCUGAACUGGCACAUAGUACAGUGGAUGGAAGGUGCCCACACACCAGCUGAGAACCGGUUCUGGCCUAGGUGGGCCCUAGAACCAUUUACACCGCAUGAAAGAAACAGGUUGGGUUAGGAGCAGAAAGAAAUAAGGCUCACACCCCUCCAGACACCACCUUAUAAGCACUGCAGAACCUGAAACAGAUGGCAGAAGGAAUGGAAUGCUACGGGGGCCAGCAGGAGUGACCACAGGGAGGAGACAGCUCAGUGACUGAAGCAUUCAGGAAGAGGCUUUCCAGGGAACACUGGACAUUGCUUAGUGACCUUUUGUUCCUUCCUUUUUUUUUUCUUUUACUGUUCUGAAGGACUUUGAGUCUGUGGUUCACCACCAGCCCAUCAGUGUUUCUUUGAGGUGAUUGCAUUAGGGAAGUUGGCUCUGGGGUUGCAAAAAAAAAAGGUGGAACAUGUUUUCCUUAAAAGAUGGAAGGUUUUAGAAAAUAUACUAGGCCAUCUGGUUAGAAAAAACAGACCAGACUAGAAAAAUCUGUGAAUUUGAUUUGGUAGAUUAAACAAAGCCAGAUGAUUAAAAUGUGAUUUAUUUAUAAACUCUGCUAAUGUC